AUGGCGCUGGUUAUCAUUGGCGCUACGCUGCAAGCAUCAGCGUUCACGGUUCCACACCUUGUCAUUGGAAGACUUGUGACGGGUCUAGGCACGGGCAUGAAAACCUCCACAGUUCCGAUGUACCAAUCUGAACUCUGCGACCGCAAGUACCGAGGCCGUCUUGUUUCCGCCGAGACACUCUUUGUGGGUGUAGGCAUUGUUUUUGCUUACUGGUUCGAUUUUGGAAUGUCCUUCGUCGGUGGGCCUAUCGCAUGGCGCCUCCCGCUCGCCUUCCAGAUCAUCUUCGCUCUCGUCGUCAUCGUUUUGGUUUUUGCUCUCCCCGAAUCACCCCGCUGGCUAUUCAAGCAUGGCCGCGAGCAAGAGGCCGUCCAAGUUCUUUGCGACGUCUUUGACAAAGAUCCCACAGAUGACUACAUCCGCGCGGAGGUGUAUUCCAUCCACCACGCCAUUGAGUUGGAAGCGUCUGAGAAGACUCAGUCGUCCUUCAUGAGCAUCUUCAAGAACGAUCGCGUUAAGACUGGACAACGUGUCCUUCUUGCCUGGGGAGCGCAGUUCAUGAAUCAGCUUGGCGGAAUCAACCUCGUGGUGUACUACAUUCCCAGCGUUCUAGUACAAAAUGUGGGAAUGACGGCACAUAUGGCCCAGAUCAUUGGCGGAUGCGUUCAAAUGAUGUUCAUGUUCGGAUCGAUUUUGCCUGCUCUUACCCUGGACCGAAUGGGUCGCAGAAAAAUGAUGAUCUGGAGCAGCGCUGGGUUGGGCGUCUGCAUGCUCAUGAUCUCGAUUCUCCUCUCUCGAGUGGGGUUUUCCAACGGGCACGCAUGUGCUUCAGCUUCGGUCGCAUUCUUCUUCCUAUAUAACCUCAUCUUCGGCAUGGGCAUGAACUGCGUCCCAUGGGUGGUUGUCCCCGAGAUUCUUCCGCUCCACGCCAGAACCCGCGGUACCGCUGUCGGCAUCAGCUCCAACUGGCUCUGGAACUUCUUCGUCGUCAUGAUUACACCGGUCAUCAUCAACCGUUUGCAGUGGAAGGCGUACCUAAUCUUCGUCGUGACCAACUUCGCAUUCAUCCCGCUCAUCUACUUCUUCUAUCCCGAAACUAGCAAUUUCCGCCUAGAGGAGAUUGAUGAGUUCUUCACUCAGGGUCGCAACCCAGUCAAGGUCGCUAAAGAGAUGCAGAAGGCUAUGAAGAGUGGACAGGAUAUCUCCGGUGCGGAUGCUGAGAAGACUGUGUCUGGCUCUUCGGAGAAAGAGAAGGUCCAAGUGGAGCAUACAUGA